CAAUUCCAUCUACUGGUCCUUUUUCGAUUUUUCCAUAAAUCAAUUAAUUCUCGUGCCCAAUCGUCGUAUCUCUUCUGGAUCAGAUACUGUGUAUUCUUUCUCUUUCAGAUCCCAGAUGUUGUUGCAUGUGAUAAUUCUAAUUUGGUGGCUGGUAUUUUGGUAAAUUGUUGAUGUUACUAGCACCACUUUAUCUUUGAAGGCAGCUUCUCUACUAUUGGAUUUUUGAGAAGGAUUAGUGAAAGUUACUACGUUAUGGCUGGAUCUACAAAAAAUCUUGAUCCUGCAUUUCAGGGAGUUGGCCAAAAAGUGGGGAUAGAGAUCUGGCGGAUUGAGAACUUCCAGCCUGUUCCUUUGCCGAAAUCUGAUUAUGGGAAAUUCUACUCAGGGGACUCUUACAUUGUUUUACAGACAACUGCUGGAAAAGGAGGUGCCUAUCUAUAUGACAUUCACUUUUGGCUUGGAAAAGACACUAGCCAAGAUGAAGCUGGAACUGCUGCUAUCAAGACUGUUGAACUUGAUGCAGUCCUUGGAAGCCGGGCAGUUCAGCAUAGGGAACUCCAGGGUCAUGAAUCUGACAAGUUUUUGUCAUUGUUCAAACCAUGCAUUAUUCCACUAGAGGGGGGUGUUGCUUCUGGAUUCAAAAAGCCUGAAGAGGAAACUUUUCAAACGCGUCUCUAUAUUUGUAGAGGAAAAAGGGUUGUUAGACUGAAGCAGGUUCCAUUUGCUCGCUCUUCACUAAACCAUGAUGAUGUGUUUAUCUUGGACACUGAAAACAAAAUAUAUCAAUUCAAUGGUGCUAAUUCUAAUAUUCAAGAAAGAGCUAAAGCUUUAGAAGUAAUACAGCAUCUCAAGGACAAAUACCAUGAAGGAACUUGUGAUGUCGCAAUUAUUGAUGAUGGAAAGCUCCAGGCAGAGUCUGAUUCAGGUGAAUUUUGGGUGCUAUUUGGCGGCUUUGCACCAAUUGGCAAGAAGACUGUUUCUGAGGAUGACCAUACUCUGGAAUCUACUCCUGGCAAGCUUUAUAGUAUUAAUGAUGGUCAGUUGAUGCUAGAAGAAAGUGCACUUUCCAAAGCCAUGCUAGAGAAUGACAAAUGCUAUUUACUGGAUUGUGGGGCUGAGGUAUUUGUAUGGGUUGGUCGGGUAACUCAAGUUGAGGAUAGAAAAGCUGCCAGCAAAGCUGCUGAGGAAUUUAUCAUUAACCAAAAUAGGCCAAAGGCGACACGCAUAACUCAAAUCAUACAAGGUUUUGAAACACAUUCAUUCAAGUCCAACUUUGAAUCUUGGCCAAUUGGUAUGGGAACGGCAACAUCUGUUGGUGAGGAUGGAAGAGGAAAGGUAGCAGCUUUGCUAAAGCAACAGGGUAUUGAUGUGAAGGGCAUGGCAAAAGGUUCUCCUGUUAAUGAGGAAGUCCCACCGUUGCUUCAAGGGGCUGGAAAAAUUGAGGUAUGGCGAAUCAAUGGAAGUGCCAAGACCCCAAUUCCUAAGGAAGAGGUUGGUAAAUUCUACAGUGGAGACUGUUAUAUUGUUCUUUAUACAUAUCAUUCAAGCGAGAAGAAAGAGGAAUACUUUUUGGCUUGUUGGCUGGGAAAGGACAGUGUUCAGGAUGAUCGGGUGAUGGCCAAUCGGUUAGCUAAUACAAUGUGCAACUCUUUGAAAGGGCGACCUGUUCAGGGUCGCAUUGUUCAAGGGAAAGAACCACCCCAAUUUAUUGCACUUUUUCAACCUAUGGUUAUCUUGAAGGGCGGAAUCAGUUCUGGAUACAAAAAGUUAAUUUCUGAGAAGAAUGGAAAUGAUGAUACUUACACUUCUGAUGGUAUUGCACUUAUUCGAGUGUCUGGUACAUCAGUGCACAAUAAUCAAGCUGUACAAGUUGAUGCGGUAGCAGCGUCCCUAAGCUCCACUGACUGUUUCCUAUUGCAAUCUGGACAUUCUGUUUUCAUAUGGCAUGGAAGUUCCACUACCUUCGAGCAGCAAAAUUGGGCUGCAAAAGUUGCAGAAUUUUUAAAGCCUGGUGCUACACUGAAACAUGCCAAGGAAGGUACAGAGAGCUCUGCAUUUUGGUUUGCACUUGGUGGAAAGCAAAGCUUUACCACUAAAAAGGUCAUACAGGAUACUGUUAGAGAUCCUCACUUGUACACCUUUUCCUUUAGUAAAGGAAAAUUAGAGGUUACUGAAGUAUACAACUUCUCUCAAGAUGAUCUGUUGACUGAGGACAUAUUGAUACUUGACACUCAUGCAGAAGUCUUUGUUUGGGUUGGUCAGUCUGUGGAUCCUAAGGAAAGGCAGAAGGCUUUUGAAAUUGGUCAGAAAUACAUAGAGCUUGCAGCAGCCUUGGAAGGGUUAUCUCCAGAUGUGCCACUCUACAGAGUUACAGAAGGCAAUGAGCCAUGUUUCUUUGCCACAUAUUUUUCCUGGGAUGGAACAAAGGCAGUUGUUCAAGGAAAUUCUUUUCAAAAGAAGCUCUCGCUGUUAUUUGGCACUGCCUUUCAAGCUUCUGAGUCAAGUGCGAGAUCCAAUACUCCAAAUCAUGGUGGAGCUACACAAAGGGCAUCUGCAUUAGCAGCCUUAUCUUCCGCCUUCAAUCCUUCUUCUGUGCUCCAGCAGUCAAGUGCAAGAUCCAAUACUCCAAAUCAUGGUGGACCUACACAAAGGGCAUCUGCAUUAGCAGCCUUAUCUUCCGCCUUCAAUCCUUCUUCUGUGCCCAAAGUUGCAGCUCCAAAGCCAUCAUCUCAUCCAAGACAGGGAUCACAGAGAGCAGCUGCCGUUGCCGCACUAUCAACUGUUCUAACUGCUGAACAGAAGGUGGCACAAUCUGAAGGCACUGCUAAUCAAUUCAGGAGCAGAAGCCCUUCACCAGAACAUCCUGUUGCUGAUAGCGAGAAUACUGAUGGUGCGAGCUCUGAGAUGGGGGAUCCCCUAGAAAUUUCAGCAGAAGGCAUGGAGGAAAGAGAAUCAGAGGAUAAUGGAGUUGAUUCUGAGUUGAAAGAGGAUUCACCAGUAGAUGACGGAGGUGAACGUAUAUUCAGUUAUGAACGACUAAAAUCCAAGUCCAGAAACCCUGUUAGAGGAAUUGAUUACAAACGAAGAGAGUCUUAUCUGUCUGAUGAUGAGUUCCAGACUGUUUUUGGGAUGACAAGAGAAGCAUUCUACCAGCAGCCCAAGUGGAAGCAAGACAUGCACAAAAAGAAGGUGGAUCUCUUUUGAGAAUGUAUCUAUGGACAUGCUGCUGUUUCCAGCUCUCAAAGUUUCUAUUUUGUCAUGCUGUUAUGUUUGGAUUGAGAUUGGGUCAGUAAACUCCGUUAAAGCAGCUUGCUGUAUGUUCAUGGCCGCCACUUAUUACUUGGGUUGAUUUUGCAGAGUUUUAGGCAAUUCUUUUAUUUGUACCAAGAGGUAUGUAUGGUUGCUUACCUUUGCUCGAGUUUGUUCAAUUUGUUAAGAUUUAGGUGCAUAUGUAUGUAUUUUGGUCUGAUUCACAAGGCCUUUUUCAGCCCUGUGAAAGUGAUACAGUAUAUGUAACACAUUCAGAUGGACAACAGACAUCUGGUUAAAUUAUUCUAGCGACUAUCUGUUUGGGGUAAA